AUGCCAGCCAUGAUAGAGAAGGGCGCAGAGGUCUCGGGGAAAAGACGAGGCAGGAACAAUGCCAGCAGCGCGACCGGCGCUUCUAGCAACGCCUCUGCCGCCGCUGCCGCCGGCGGGGCUCCCAGCACUAACAAUGGGAAUCCGAAAAGUUUGGCCGCGGCAGCAGCGCCUAAUGGGAAUAGCAGCAGCAACAACUCCUGGGAAGAAGGCAGCUCGGGAUCGUCCAGCGACGAAGAGCACGGGGGAGGCGGCAUGAGAGUGGGGGCCCAGUAUCAAGCGGUCGUGCCCGACUUCGAUCCCGCUAAACUCGCAAAGCGGUCUCAGGAGAGAGAGAAUCUUGGUAUGCUGGUCUGGUCGCCAAAUCAGAAUAUAUCUGAAGCAAAGUUGGAUGAAUACAUCGCCAUUGCUAAAGAGAAGCACGGCUACAACAUGGAGCAGGCUCUGGGGAUGCUCUUCUGGCAUAAGCAUAACAUCGAGAAAUCUCUGGCGGACCUGCCUAACUUUACCCCUUUCCCGGAUGAAUGGACGGUUGAAGACAAGGUCUUGUUUGAACAGGCUUUCAGUUUCCAUGGGAAAACAUUCCACCGAAUUCAACAGAUGCUUCCAGACAAGUCGAUAGCGAGCCUGGUGAAGUUCUACUACUCAUGGAAAAAAACGAGAACUAAAACGAGUGUUAUGGACCGUCAUGCAAGAAAACAGAAAAGAGAGCGGGAGGAAAGUGAGGAUGAAAUGGAAGAAGCAAAUGGAACUAACCCUAUAGAUAUUGAGGUUGAACAAAACAAGGAGAGCAAAAAAGAGAUUCAAAAUAUCAAGCAAACAAACAGUGCUCUGAAAGAGAAACUUGAAGGGGGGAUCGAAGAAUAUAGGCUGCCAGAGGUUACACAGAAGUUUAAUGCGCGCUGGACCACAGACGAGCAGCUUCUUGCUGUGCAAGCAAUCAGGAAAUACGGCCGUGACGUUCAGGCAAUCUCCGACGUGAUUGGGAACAAGUCCGUGGUGCAAGUGAAAAACUUUUUUGUAAACUAUCGGCGACGCUUCAACAUAGAUGAAGUCCUGCAGGAGUGGGAAGCAGAGCAUGGGAAAGAGGAGAUGAACGGGACGAACAAUCAGAAGCCUGUAAAAUUGCCGGAUAACACCAUGAAAGUGUCUGAAGAGGAAGAUGAGGCUACUCCUGUCUUGGAUGUCAGAUACCCAUCUGCGUCAUGAAAACUCAGGUAGCCGAGAACAAUUUUUUCUUUUCUUUUGUUUUGACUACUGUGUUAUCCACAAUAUCAGGUAUUAGCAAAACCUCAGAUGGCCAUCUGCAUCAUAUCUCUGUGGACAAGCAGCUAUUACCAAAAAAGAGAAAGCGAGCGAGCAAGAGACAGAGAACAAAUUUUGAACUAAAGGCAAAGACCCUCCCCCUUACACACCCCCGGUCCUGCGCUACAUUUGCCUUAAUUUUCUCCUCGCUCCUCUGCACUGCCUCCAUGUUAUGCUCCUGCAUUUCCCGGGAUGGGUUCUCCGUUUUCGUCGACAUCCUGCCUAGAGCAUCGGCUGCUCCUCGAACCAUCUACGUCAGAUGUACCGGCCUUAUUCAGACAACUCUCCUCCUCCUUCACUGCCUC